AGUCGGCGUUUACUCCAACCACAAAUGUCAUACACACACUCACACUGUCUUUGCCAUAAUUCGCCGUACAAACAGUCUACAAAUGAAAUGAUGUUUUCGUGUUGAUUUUCGAAUGCGAAAUGUGUUGUGGAUUCAAUUGAUUUUUAUCUAUCUAAUCUACCUAUGAAUUGAAUAAAUAAAGUGAGCAACGGAAAGUCAAAGCAGUUCGAAGGGAUUGCAAAUUAGUUGAAAGAAAAUAAAAAUGGAAACAAUACUGGAGCAACAGCGACGGUACCAUGAGGAACGUGAGAGACUUGUCAAGCUGAUGGUUGAUGAAUAUGCCACGAAAAAAGCAUCGGAACGGGAACGGAUACUCUCCGAGCACCGUCUAAAGUCGCUAUUGGAAAUGUAUGUUGGCGCAACGACAUCAUUGCGUGAACUGUAUGAGGACAAGGAUGGUGAACGAAAAACUGAAGUGGCCGCGCUGUCGGGUCCGAAUGAAUUUAGUGAAUUUUAUUCGCGUCUGAAGCAAAUCAAAGAUUUCUACAAGAAGCAUCCGAAUGAGGUCAGUGUUCCGCUGCAGGUUGAAUUCGAUGAAUUGUCAAAAGUGUACACGGGAACAUCGGCCGAUGUGGAUUGUGCAUCGCUACUGGUGGAAUUCAGUGAUGAAGAAGGUUUUGGUCGUUAUCUCGAUCUACACGAAUGCUACAACAUGUUUUUGAACUUGCGCAACGUCGAAAAAUCUGAUUAUAUUACCUAUUUAAUGACAUUCGAUCAUGUGUUUGACAUACCAAAAGAGCGCAAAAACAUGGAAUACAAACGAUACAUCGAGACACUAAUAAAUUACUUGCAUAGCUUUGUGAGUAGAGUGCGGCCAUUGUUGGAUUUGGAUGCUGAAAUGGGCCAAGUCCUGAUGAAUUUCGAGCAACAAUGGCAAGUCGGCCAAUUUCCUGGUUGGCCAAAAGAACAGGAAAGUGCGAUGACACAUUCGGGUGCACAUUUGGAUUUAUCCGCCUUUUCCAGUCCCGAAGAGUUAGCUUCGCUUGGUUUGGAUCGUUUGAAGUCUGCCUUGAUGGCAUUGGGCAUUAAAUGCGGUGGCACAUUGGAAGAACGUGCACAGCGUCUAUUUUCAACGAAGGGCAAACGAAAUAUUGACGCAUCGCUGAUGGCAAAGAAAAAUGCCGGCCGACAAAAUACUCGAGAUGCAGCACGUAAUUAUGAAAUAGCCACUCUUGAAGCGCAACUAUAUCGUUACGCUGAAUUGGUAUCGGAACACCGAAGUGCGACCAAAGAGAAUGUGCAACGCAAACAGGCGCGUACCGAUGGUGAGCGCGAAGACAGUGAUGCCGAGGCAAGCGAAUCAGAAGUUGAAGAUGACGAUGCCGAUGAUGUCCCAUACAAUCCGAAAAAUUUGCCAUUGGGCUGGGAUGGUAAACCAAUUCCAUAUUGGUUGUACAAACUGCACGGUUUGAACAUUAGCUACAAUUGUGAAAUUUGUGGCAAUUACACGUAUAAAGGACCAAAAGCGUUUCAGCGACAUUUUGCCGAAUGGCGACAUGCUCACGGUAUGCGUUGUCUUGGCAUUCCAAAUACCGCUCACUUUGCCAAUGUCACACAAAUCGAAGAUGCAAUCACACUGUGGGAGAAGUUGAAGACACAAAAACAAGGCGAACGAUGGAUACCGGAACAGGAAGAAGAAUUCGAAGAUUCACAGGGCAACGUAGUGAAUAAGAAAACGUUUGAAGAUCUUAAACGACAAGGAUUACUCUAAACAACCUGCAACCACAGCGAUGCUCGUAAUAAUAUCAUUAAAUGGAUCAACAUUUGAAAUCAAUCAGCUGAAAUGGAUUUUUUUUUUAGUUUUGUUUCUUUUUAAAUUGAACCAUCCAAUUCCCUUUUCGAGCUAAUGAUUUAUUCUGACCAA